GACACCGAGGAAGAGGAGAAGAAGAAGAAGAAGGCGACCAUGUUGAUUGAAAGGAGGAAGAAACACAAUAGAAGCGAUUUAUCUCAAGUAAAAUUCACUUAUUAAAGCGACUUGCAAAGAAAGUGACCGACCGGCCGCGACCUGGACAUCCCGAGUAUAACAGCAGACAGACUGAGGUGACAAGUUUGAGUCGUUGGCUGACUUUGAGGAGGCAGCGGUUUGAUAGGGGCCACACUCGCACACUUUACACACCGACCUGAAGGACUGAGGAGUCCAGGGAGAGAAGGUCGAACACCUGGAGCAGAGAGGAAACGCACAGUGAGGACACAUCAGGGGUGGAAAGCUGUUUGGCUUUGGACUAGAUAACCCCCUGUAUGACUAGUAUUUUCAGGAUCCUUAUUUUUUCACACGUGGAGCAACAUACACCCACACAGUGGAAAUAACAGAGAAUUACAGACUAUAUGAUUUUGGGGAAAGACUUGUACAAAGUUGGACAUCCUUUUUUUUCCAAGGACAGGGAUAUUGAGCAACUCUUUUCGGACUCAAAGUGGAAACAAGAAAUUGUUCCAUUUAGAAACAGAAGUUUAAGUAUUGAACUAAGAUUAUAUUGAAGAAGCUAUUCCCCAAAUUCAGAUUGCCUUAGUUGUUCUAUUUCAGGACUUGAACCGCUUCGAUACUUGUUCAUAUAUAAUUUUUCUAUAUUGUGGGCAAGUAUAUUCAUGCAUAUUAAUGCAAAUUUCUCUUCAUUUUGAAGAGCUCUUGUGUAAAAACUUUUUUUUGAUGUUCCUGUACGUCAGUCACUCUGUUGUUUGAAGGGGACCGAACUGCACGUACAUGUGUAUAUGUAAAUAAUACGAGUCAACCUCUGUUGUAAAAGCUUUGGACUUUAAAAGAAUAGAGAAUAUUGUUUUGUUAAUGCUUUAUUAAACUUUUUUACUUUUGAAGAGAAUUUUUAAAAGAAAGACCUAAGAGGCAAAAAUUUAAUACUUUGAAGAAAAAAAUAAAUAAACUAAGGCAAGGAAAAAAUGGCAACCGCCAGAACAGAAAACCUUGGCACAGUCGUCAUGGGACUGAACAAGCAGAACGGGCAGCUCAGAGGACAGACCAAACCAGCUUCAGUCCAGCCAGCACCUACAACUCUAGGAAAGGCUAUGGGCGCACUCCAGAAAGCAGGCUGCCCCCCGCAAGAGGGAGGAGGCAUCAAGUUCGGAGACGACUGGAAAAAGAGCCUGAAGCUCCCUCCCAGAGACACCAGGGUCAAAACCUCCGAUGUGACAUCCACCAAGGGGAAUGAAUUUGAAGAUUACUGUCUCAAACGAGAACUCCUGAUGGGCAUCUUUGAGAUGGGUUGGGAGAAACCAUCCCCCAUUCAGGAGGAGAGCAUUCCCAUCGCCCUGUCUGGACGGGAUAUUCUGGCUCGGGCUAAAAAUGGAACAGGAAAAAGUGGAGCCUAUCUCAUCCCCAUGCUGGAGAGGAUAGACCUGAAAAAGGACUACAUACAGGCUAUGGUCAUGGUGCCCACUCGCGAGCUGGCCCUGCAGGUGAGUCAGAUCUCCAUCCAGAUCAGCAAACACCUAGGAGGAGUCAAGGUGAUGGCCACCACCGGGGGCACCAACCUGCGAGAUGACAUAAUGCGCUUGGACGAAAUCGUGCAUGUGGUCAUCGCCACCCCCGGCAGGAUCCUGGACUUGAUAAAGAAGGGAGUGGCGAAGGUGGAUCGGGUCCAGAUGAUGGUGAUGGACGAGGCGGAUAAGCUGCUGUCUCAGGACUUUGUGGUGCUCAUUGAGGAUAUCAUCAGCUUCCUGGCCAAGAACCGGCAGAUCCUGCUCUACUCUGCAACCUUCCCCAUCAGUGUGCAAAAGUUCAUGGCCAAGCACCUUCAGAAACCCUAUGAGAUAAACUUGAUGGAGGAGCUGACUCUGAAGGGCAUUACUCAGUUCUACGCCUACGUCACAGAGAGGCAGAAAGUGCACUGCCUCAACACACUGUUUUCCAGGCUUCAGAUCAACCAAUCGAUCAUCUUCUGUAACUCUACCAAGCGAGUGGAGCUGUUGGCCAAGAAGAUCACUCUGCUGGGCUACUCCUGCUUCUACAUCCACGCUAAGAUGAUGCAGGAAUACAGGAACCGGGUGUUCCAUGACUUCAGAAACGGACUGUGCAGAAACCUUGUCUGCACCGAUCUCUUCACCAGAGGUAUCGACAUCCAGGCUGUCAACGUCGUCAUCAACUUCGACUUUCCUAAGAGCGCUGAGACUUACCUCCAUCGUAUCGGAAGAUCAGGGAGGUUUGGUCACCUGGGGUUGGCCAUUAAUCUCAUCACGUCCGAGGAUCGCAUAAACCUGAAGGCCACUGAAGAGCAGCUGGUGACCGAUAUCAAGCCCAUUCCCAGCAGCAUCGACAAGAGCCUCUAUGUGGCCGAGUACCACUCAUCCAGCGGCGACUGUGACGUGGAGGAAAUCGAAGAGAAAUCAGGACAUCCAGAUGACGGCAUCUAAAAAAAAAUAAAAAUAAAAAAAGGACAUUAGGACACAUCGGGCUCUUAGACAUCAGCGCUCGCAGUCUUCAGGCGACUCUUCAGUUUCACGUUUUCCCCUCAUUUUCAGAGCCUGACAAAUGGAUGUUAUUUUUUGGUUUCUUUUUUUUUUAGCUUUUCCUCAGAGAGCUGCCUCUUAUUUAUUUUGUUUAAUAACUGAGAAAGUUGAAACUAUCAUUUUUCACCAAACUCGCACUAGACCACACAGCACGUGUUUGAGCUUAGAUUAUUUUUCCCUCCUAAAAUACAUUAGAGACCCGCGCAAAUUAUUGUCACAGCUGUUUUGAACCAGUCGUCCUCCGAGGCUUCAUCGCCAGCAGCAACUUCGGUCCGUUUUUAAUGAUACAAUGGUGUGUUUCCACCAGCCAUCGUUCUGUCCACUUACACUGCUGUUGUCACUUAAGUGCCUUACUUACUCCCGUGUGCACUCAUCCAUUCAUAGCCUGCUGUCCUCUGUCAUGCAGCGCAGUGCGAGCACAAAUGAGAUGAACUAAAACCUAAUCUGAUUUUUAUUUAAACAUCGCAUUAUGCAAAGGGGAAAAAAGAUGACACACACACACACACAUACACACACUGUCCUGCAGAGGUGUGUUUGUGUGUGUGUGUGUGUGUGUGUGUGUGUCGAAACACGGCUCAACUCCUCCAACUUUACUGAAUGUGAACGUUGCAAUAAAAAAAAAGGGCAGCUUUAUUUAAAUACUGUGUGACUGUUUUUCCCUCACUACUAAUAAUCCAUGAGCAGAGCUAAUAUCGGAAGACACAAGCCCUCUUACUGAUUCGUGGAUGUUGGCCUGCGACCACACAAACAGCAUGGGAAAUAAUUAGCAGCCACAUGCUGUGACACUAAGGCUGUCGCCUGCCGACAGUCGUUAUUUUGGAGUUUAUCUUGCAUUUAAAAAACACACUUGGCUGGUGAGUCCGGUCAAAUUCAUCGGCCACUGUAGCUGGGAGAUGAAAAUCUGGUUCAAAACAGCUUUGAUAGCAAAACUUGCAAUUUCUACGCUCUCCAUUAUUUGAGCAUCGACGGGUCCAAGACGCAAAGAUUCGCAGGGUUUUUGUGAAGUUUGGUGCCGAGCGACAGUUUGAACUUUCUUCAUCCAUCCACAUCUCCACGUUUCUGACUUACAAUGUGGAAAUAUAAGGUUUAUGAAGCAAACGUUUCUGCAGAUCCUGAAGUGAAACUUUCUUUUUAAGCCCCAUCAUGACACAAUUUAAGUUGGUGAAUGUAUCAGUUGCCAAUGUAAACUCUGCGGCCCAGUGGUUGAACAUGGUUGUUGUUUGUAUGGCUGCUGUUGCAUUAGAAACUCGUAUAAAUGUUAAGAAAAGGUUUCAUGGCUCACAGAUCUGUUCAGUCUGUUGAGAACCACGUUGACCGUCAAUCAGAAAGACAACUGAAAUCAAAAGAAAUGAGUUUCUCUCUAUGCAGCAGCAGCGAUAUAUAUAUAUAUAUUUUUUUUUUUUUGGUUUAAAAAUGUGAGAAUUAUUUUUUUCUGAGGGGUGGGCUCUUCAAUUUGUUUAUUUCUUUUAUUUUUUUUAAAGCAAAAUUGUAGCAUCUUUGAACAGGCAGCUGUGACUUUUCUUUUUGUCCCCCCCCCCCUUACAGAGCGUCACAACUUGUUUUUCUUUUUUUUAAAAGACAUAAAAAGGAGCUUUUUAAGAUUUAUUUUGAUGCUUAAAGCAGUUUGGCUCUGUGAGGAUUUAGCACUGGGCAACUUCAGGAGGUGUUUUUUUGUUUUUUGUUGUGGGUUUGCAGACGCCAAGUGUUUUUCUCAGAUGCGCUCUGGGCAUCUUGAAUCGUUCCCCCUCUCUGGUACUUAGAAGCUUUGAUUUGAAACAGUUUCUGCUUAAAAUUCGACAAAAUUUCUUCUAUAGCUCAGCUAAGUGCCAGAGAGGGCGCUCAGUUAUGCAGGAGGGGGUUUCUGGAUGAGCGUUUGUAGCACUGUGAUCCUCUUGAACCUGUUCCAUGUUUGUGUGACAGAUGAUCAAAGUGCUGUGAUUUGUUCUCAGCAGCUCGAUCCAGUGACCCUGAGGGCGAUCUCCAUACGAGGUGUUUAUGAAUCAUUUUGAGGAAAAAGAAUUGUAAAUGAUUCAUUGUUUACACUAAGUCGUUUACAGUUGGAAAAAAAAAAUGAAAAAAUACUUUUGCUUCAUGGGUGGAGGAGGUAGAAUUUAUUUUGUUUCCCCUUGAAUGAAUUUCAGGAUUUAUAUUGAAGCAAAACCAAAAAAGUGUGUGUGUGUGAAAGAGAGAGAGAGAGAGGAUGUGAGGGCGAGACAUUUAGGUGUGUGCGUGUGUGUGAGUGAGACAGGAUGUGAGUGCGAGACAUUUGGUGUGUGUGUGUGUGUGUGUGUGAGAAAGAUAAAAGGGGUGAUUGGCAGUUUGGUUCAGAAUCUACGUUCACAUGCAGCUCACAACAGUUAUUUUUUUUUUUUGGCAAAAUCUGAUUUCAGUAGAAAUGGAGUCAGCCUGGUCACUCGUGGUCGACCGUUAAAUUUGAAAUAACACUAAACCUGUUCUGUGGCUGCAUGUGAGCGCAACAGUCGUAUGUAAGGUUUUUCUUUUCAUGUGCAGACCUGUGUCACGUUUCUGUUGGCGAUGAACGAUGUCUUAAAUAUCAGUAUGAGUGUUUACAGUUGUCAGGGAUCUGCUUUAUGUUGUUUCUCUCUUUUUCCAUCUCCCUCGUCCUCCAGGAGUUCAAGUUUGUGGACACGAGAUCUCAUUUCUAACCGGAAAUGUUCCCACUUUUAUGUUCUUCUCGAUGUUUUGUGUUCCCUGAUCACGUUUACCACGGUUAUCCCAUGACCUCCUUUGUGACCGAAAACAUCUCAGACCCCUCAAAGAAAAACUAUCCUCAACAGCAACUUGAGUUUGAUUCUGUUUGCUCCGAGCUUCUGUUCAAUCAGUGAUGAAAUCUCACUCACCAGAGUCAGUGUUGAGAUUUCAGGAAGAAGAAAGUUUGGACUUUAAAGGACUUCCUUUAGUGAAACAAUAUUAGAACUGAUAGAAGCGAUGGUCGGAGCCCGAAUGAUGAAACACAAGUUGUUUUAAAGUUAUUUAAUUUUGUGUUAAGGUAAAGUAAAUGUAUCUGUCGUCACAAAGGAGGUUAUGAUGAAUGCAGUAAUGAAUGUUGAGUGUUGAUUUUGUCAUCGGGUGUUUGUUUGUGUGUGUGUGUGUGUGUGUGUGUGUGUGUGUGUGUGUGUGUGUGUGUGUGUGUGUGUGCGUGUGCACUCUGACCUGUCGGGUCUGUAGUGCUGUAAGGGAGUGGGAGGGAUAUUUGUCCAAAACCUGUUUAAAAAAGUAUAACUGUUAAAAAAUAAAAAAUAAAAAAAGGAGUAAAGAAAAAAGGGAAUCAGGAAAGGUUGGGGUUUGGGAACAGAAUUACUGUUUUGGCAUCGCUGCUUCGGCUCUGCAAAUUCUUAAUUGGUGAAAUUCCAAAAAAUUGCAUUAAUGGGCGAACUGCCCCGUAAUAGUUUUACCGUGCAUCACUAAAUUGAAUUGGACGUAUUAUUUGCUGCACUAACGAAGACUCACCCGCGUUGCCGGGCAGCGAUUUGAGCCAAAUUUAACGACAAACUCAGCAGAUUUGUCGCAGGAAGCUGAGGAAGAAUUUAACAGCAUUAGGUCAACGUAACGGCGACAUUACGACUCAUAAUUGGCUCUGACGUAUUUUGGUUUAAAUGUAGCUCAGGUUAGCACAACAGCAGUAUUUCUCUAUUACAUGGGUAGAUUGAAGGUGCAGGACAGUUUGACAUUAAAUUGGAUUGUAAAAAAAAAAACAACGUUGGCUCAAUUGAUCCUUCAUAUAAAAAUGCUUACGUACGGUAUUCCGUUUUUUCUUUAGUUGUCUUAUUUGUAGUUAUUGGUCCCCUGGUGGCCCCUUGGUGCACUGCAUCCUUUUGGACUAAAAAUACUACAGCCCUUAUCCAGACUCUGUAUUUUGAGAAUUGGUAAAUGAUUUUCCUCAGUAAUUGUCCCAUAAAUCUCUGUUGUGCCACUAGAUUAAAGAAAAACGAAUGCUUUUCAUUGGGUGUAACUGAAAAACUGUUUGUUUUUUUUGUUUUUUCCCUGUUUCCUUACGAAAAUGCAUCGACGCAGCACCAAGGUCUGUCAGCUCCUUGUGUGACUCACUCUGUCCUCUCCUGUUGUAACAUGGAAAUACUCGCAGGGCUCUAAAAUUCAAUAAAUUGAACAGAAAUUUA